AUGACGAAUCCGAAGGACUCCCCCCGGGUGAUGCGCGAGGGGGACCGUUCCAGGGCGGGCACGCCCAGCCGGGGCCUGCAGAGGACGAUCAGCAACGCCAGCUCGUAUUACCCCGAGCCCACCGGCUUCUGGAACAGCCUGCUCAACUUUCGGGGGUUCAAGAACAGCCUGAAGCUGCGGAAGGAUUGGAAGCUGAAGGAAAAGCUCUACAUGACAGUGGGGGGCGACUACUGCUUUCAGAAUUACAAGCUCACCCCUGUGGUGCAGUUCACCUACAAAUUCAACAAGCAGCUGCGAGUCGAUGUCACACACAACACUGUAAGGUUUGAGAGGCCAUGCACCAUGCAGUUGGGCGAGUUUGGCUUGGCCCUCACCCCAACUCUAAAGAUCAGCUUUAAGAAUAAUUCGCCAGCAGUCACCCUCGACACCAAGCUGAAUGGACUGCAGCCUGCUCGCUAUGUUGUUGGCAUUCUUGCAGCUGGAGUCCUCCUGGGCUACCCACUGAAGACCACCAAGAUAGUGAAGGUCCCCAAGCUGUCCAAUGUUGCCACGGUACAGCCUCGACUUCGCUUUAUGCUCUUGUGCUUUUCUACCUCAUGGAUGGUACAUAGCUUCACAUUGGUUGCUGUCAUGCUCUCCUGCUUGUUCUUCUUGAGCCCAGCCUCAUCCUAUUUAAUUGGCUGCUGUGCUGCAUUGUUGGGUACUGCAGUAUGUCAGUCACUGCACUUUGCACCGUGUUUGAAGGAGGCCAAACAUGCCCUUUGCCUUUGCUUUCUGCUUGCUCACAGAGACUUCACAGCAUGUUUCAUAGCAUGGAAAAGAGUCUAA